AUGUGUCGGCAACAGGUGGCGUCCGCCGAGGGUGGCCUGGUGGCUGCGGAGCUGGAGGCGUUCUUAGGAGGUCGCAGCCUUCCCUCAAUAGCGCUGGCCGUGUCCGUUCUGGCUUCAGCAGUGAAUGGCAUGAACGUGGUGGCUAUCGUGGGACACUACUACGCGUACGGCUUCCACCUUAUCUGGACUGUGAUGUGGAUUCCCAUUACCGCCACUUUCGCGGCGGUCACUGUGGUGCCGCUACUCUACAGCCUACGGGUUUCAACCAUAUUUCAGGUAGUGUCUCGGGAUGACUUCGACGUCACCACUGACGAGAACAUGUGGACUUCACUGGUGGCAUGCAUACCCUACUCGUUUGUACGCGUGGCGUAUGACCAAAUGGCUGUCCAAAGGUUCAUGGCUGCCAGGACCGCCCGUGGGGCUAAAAGGAUAGCCAUCGGUGGAGGGCUGAUGAUGCUCGUGUUCUUUGUACUCGUUGGAUUCACCGGCAUAGCCGUUAUUUACUGGUACAGGGACUGUGACCCUUUGCUCUCUGGUGCCAUCUCUAACUACGAUCAGAUCAUUCCAUAUUACAUAAGGGAGAGCCUAUCAGACGUGAAAACGCUACGGGGUUUGUUCUUGGCGGGAAUACUGAGCGCAUCAACAAGCACCGUGUCGUCGGUCGUGAAUUCAAAUGCAGCUACAAUCUACAUGGAUGUUGUCGCUCCCCACUUCGACUUGAGUAAGAGAAGCGCCGUGGUUCUGAUGCGUCUUUUAGACUUGCCUCCCACUAGCAAGUUUAAGCCUUCCAUCAAGCAGACGUUUGGGGGUUGA